GAAAGAUAGGGAGAUCGGGAGAGGAAGUCUUCUAAGAAGCGUGUGUAUGACGAAGAGGAGGAUGAGGAGGAGGCGAUGGGCAGUGAGUCCCAGGAGGCCGUCCCUGCAGCGGCCGGUAAAACGGUGGAUGAGUCUGCCAUCCAGCUGGACGAAUACGGGGCUAAAGACUACCGGCUGCAGAUGUUGCUGAAGAACGACCACGGAUCACGACCUCUCUGGGUGGCUCCAGAUGGACACAUCUUCCUGGAAGCCUUCUCUCCGGUGUAUAGGUAUGCCCAGGACUUCCUGGUUGCCAUAGCAGAGCCAGUGUGUCGUCCUGUCCACGUUCAUGAGUACAAGCUGACAGCCUACUCCCUCUACGCUGCUGUGAGCGUCGGUCUACAGACCUCAGACAUCGUGGAGUAUCUCCAGAAACUCAGCAAGACGUCUGUACCGGACGGCAUCGUGCAGUUCAUCAAGGGGGUGUCUGUAGGGGAGUCUGUAGGGGUGUCUGUAGGGGGGUCUGUAGGGGUGUCUGUAGGGGGGUACUUUGUGGAGAGUGCGUUCCCAGAGGUGAUCCAGCGUCUUCUUCAGGACAGUGUGAUCAGAGAUUGUCGUCUCCGAACCGCGGAGGGAACAGACACUGAGCUCAUCACUGAGGUCGUACACAGCAAGUCAGCGAUCUCUAAGUCCCUCCAGGACAACGGAGCAGGGGCCUCCACGUCAGCAGGGGCCCCUGAGGGCCAGACGCCAGGAGCCACCCAGGUACCAGAGGACAUAUUCAGCUACUAUGAACAGAUGGACAAGGAGGAAGAGGAGGAGGAGGAGACGCAGACCGUGUCCUUCGAGAUCCGACAGGAGAUGAUUGAAGAGCUUCAGAAGAGGUGUAUUAAUAUGGAGUAUCCUCUACUGGCCGAGUACGACUUCCGCAACGACACGGUGAACCCUGACAUCAACAUGGACCUGAAGGCCACAGCUGUACUCAGGCCUUACCAGGAGAAGAGCCUCCGCAAGAUGUUUGGUAACGGCCGAGCCCGCUCCGGAGUCAUCGUACUGCCUUGUGGUAGCGGGAAGUCUCUAGUAGGGGUAACGGCAGCCUGUACGGUCCGUAAGCGCUGCCUGGUGCUGGGGAACAGCUCUGUGUCAGUAGAACAGUGGAAGGCUCAGUUUAAGAUGUGGUCGACCAUUGACGACUCUCAGAUCUGCCGCUUCACCUCAGAUGCCAAGGACAAGCCGAUUGGCUGCUCGGUGGCCAUCAGUACAUAUAGCAUGUUGGGACACACCACCAAGAGGUCUUGGGAGGCAGAGAGAGUGAUGGAAUGGAUGAGGUCCCAGGAGUGGGGUCUCAUCAUCCUGGACGAGGUGCACACCAUCCCUGCUAAGAUGUUCCGUCGGGUUCUGACCAUUGUCCAGGCCCACUGUAAGCUGGGUCUGACCGCUACGCUGGUCCGAGAGGACGACAAGAUCGUUGAUCUCAACUUCCUGAUUGGGCCCAAGCUGUUCGAGGCCAACUGGAUGGAGCUCCAGAACAACGGAUACAUCGCUAAGGUCCAGUGUGCCGAGGUGUGGUGUCCGAUGUCUCCGGAGUUUUACCGGGAAUACGUAGCCAUCAAGACGAAGAGACGUAUUCUCCUCUACACCAUGAACCCCAACAAGUUCAGAGCCUGUCAGUUCCUCAUCAAGUUCCACGAGAGACGCAACGACAAGAUCAUGGUGUUCGCCGACAACGUCUUCGCUCUGAAGGAGUACGCUAUCCGCCUCAACAAGCCCUACAUCUAUGGCCCCACCUCUCAAGGAGAGAGGAUGCAGAUCCUACAGAACUUUAAACACAACCCCAAGAUCAACACCAUCUUCAUCUCCAAGGUGGGUGACACAUCCUUUGACCUGCCUGAGGCUAAUGUUCUGAUCCAGAUCUCCUCUCAUGGAGGUUCUCGCAGACAGGAGGCUCAGAGGCUGGGCAGGGUGCUGCGAGCCAAGAAAGGUAUGGUCGCGGAGGAGUAUAAUGCCUACUUCUACUCGUUGGUGUCUCAGGAUACUCAAGAGAUGGCCUACAGCACCAAGAGACAGAGGUUCCUAGUGGACCAGGGAUACAGCUUCAAGGUCAUCACUAAAAUGGCGGGGAUGGAGGAGGAUAAUCUGAUGUUCUCCUCCAGAGAGGAGCAGUAUCAGCUGCUCCAGAAGGUUCUGGCGGCUACAGACCUCGACGCAGAGGAGGAAGUGGUCAUCGGAGAGAAUGGACGGCCAAUGUUCCAACGGAGGCCAGGUACCAUGAGCUCCAUGUCUGGUGCUGAUGAUUCUGUCUACAUGGAGUAUCGCUCUCGAGGCAGCCGGGCCCACCUGGGUAACAACAUCCACCCGCUCUUCAAGCGCUUCAGGAAGGGCCCGUAGGUCUCUGCUCUAAUCUGCUGCGCUAUAUAGGGAACACGGCGUUACUGUGGGAUGCUGCCGGGGUGUUGUGGAAGGGAUUCCUCGGCUCAGGUCUGGCGAGAGGUAACCGCUAUAGACCCUGGUAGGAGGAACGUGUUCCCUGUGUGUUUCAGAGAGAACCCGGUUCUGCAACGCCACCAUCACCUCAGUUCUAGGGCUUUUAGUUCUUCAGAGAGGGAUACUAAAUGUGAUCUUUUAUCUUUCUCAUAUUUCAUUCAUGUGUUUCUGUUUUUGUCUUGACAUUGUUGCCAUGAAAUGCUUUUUGAAAUAAAACGGGAAUUUUUGGGA